GGGCGCCACAUGCAACUUUAUGUAUAGUCAUUACGCCACUCUCACAGCAUUAGCAUUGAAACAGUUCUCUUUUGACUUCGAGUGUGAUUAAAAGUAACUUGUGAUCAACUAAACAGCACAAUGGGUGUCCCAGCCGGUGAUGUAGAAAAAGGAAAGAAGGCCUUUGUUCAACGUUGUUCCCAAUGCCACACCAUUGAAAAGGGUGGAAAACAUAAAGUUGGUCCAAAUUUGCAUGGUCUUUACGGCCGCAAAACUGGACAAGCCGCUGGAUAUGCUUACACCGAUGCUAACAAGAACAAAGCAAUUACAUGGAAUGAAGAUACUCUCUUUGAAUAUCUUGAAAAUCCCAAGAAAUAUAUUCCCGGCACAAAGAUGGUGUUUGCUGGUCUGAAGAAACCUCAAGAACGAGCUGACUUGAUCGCAUACAUCAAAGAAGCAUCGCAAUCAUAAAUUAAAUGAUGAUUGGGAAGUUACCGGAUAAAAUAGAAAAAUCUGUUCAUUUUAACAGCGAAAUGAUAUACAUUUUAAAAUUUAAA